AUGGCGGACCGCGACGUAGGGGGUGGCGAUCCGUUGCGCCGCGACGAUGUCGAGAUGGGGAGCACCGACUCGUAUUCCAGCCAUAGACUGGGCAGCAAGGCGUCCGGCGGCGGCGACACGCAUAACCAUAUCGCCCCCUUCCUGGCGUCCUACGACCAAACCAGCCAUCCUCACAGCACCCUCAUCUUCCAGGUCAAAUCCGACGACGAAGAGAAUCUGCCCUCUUCGCCGUCCGUCGAAUCCGGCAAGAUGAGGCCUGCAUCCAAGAAGAAGGGCACCGCUGCCAAGAAAGGCCCGAGGAGGGCCAAACCCCCCAAAUUUAGGUCCAAGAAGGACCGCAACCCUCUCGGACGUGUCGCCGGCGCCCCGAGCUCCGACGACGAGACCGACAAUGGCCCGUACUGUAUCUGCCGUGGGCCGGACGACCACAGAUGGAUGAUAAGUUGCGACGUCUGUGAAGACUGGUUCCACGGAGAGUGCGUCAGCCUCGACAAGGAGACUGGCGAGAAGUUGGUCGAGCGCUUCGUCUGCCCCAAUUGCACCGAUGGCAAGGCCAACUAUACCAAGUACAAGAAGACCUGCUCCCUGUCCGGCUGCAAGAACCCCGCGCGCCUGUAUACCAGGACCCUCGACGAAAGAAGCGUCUUCUGCAGCGGCGAUCACUGCGACGUCUGGUGGGCUUCCAUAAUCAAUACCCUCCCCGCCAAGGCUGCCUCGCAGAAGGCCGUCGAGGUCCUAACCCAGGAGGACUUCGUCGGCCUCCUCGCCAACACCGCCGAGCAAGGCGGCUGGAGGCUCGGCGACCAGCCCUUUGGUAACGUCGAAGGCCUGUGGUCGAACGGGUUGCCUACCCGUCCGGGCGUCCUCAGCGACGAGGAGCAAGCCUUCCUACAGAGCUCGGCGGCCGAGCGUCUCGCUCUCGGCAAUGAGAUUGUGCAAUAUAAGAAGAUGAUGCAGCUCAUAGACUGGGCGAACCAGCGGCGACAGCUCGCCAUCGAGGCGGGCAAGUUUACGAAGGAGAGCUGCGGCUACGACUGGCGGCUCGACACCGUCUCGGUCCGCUACCAGUUCGCCGCCUGGCUGGAGACGCCCGAGGGCCAGGCCACGUUCAAGGCCGGGAAGCUCGACGCGCCCCUCGACCCGGACCUGCAGGGGGACCCGGCCAUCCGCGGCGCAUGCGAGAAGAAGCGCUGCAAGCCGCACACCGGCUGGUAUAAGCUACUGAUGAGCGCGGUGCGAACCCUGAUCAAAGAGACGGCCACGGCCGCGGCGAACAAGCUGGACGCCGAAGAUGUCAUGCGUCAGGAGGCGGAGACUCGCUUCGAGCGGCGCCAGCUAGAGAACAAUUGGGCCGAAGUCCUAGACUGA